UCUAUGCUCCAGCUACUACUACUCUCUCUCCCUCUCUCUCUCUCUCGUCUUUAGUGUACUCCAGUUUCUUGUGUACGCACAAACAAAAGUAUACAAAAGGGUUCCUUUUUUCACCGAAAAGAGCUCUGCUUUCUCGGUCAGAUCACUUCUUAUCUGGGGAGGCUUCAUGUGUAUUGUGCAGUUUCCAUUCACACCAAUUAUCACAUCCAGAAAAGGUUCUCUGGUUUUGUGGUUCUUCACUCAGCUGCACUCCACAUUCUGCAAAUUGUUCCAAGAAAGAAGUUUGCUUUGGAAAAUGGAGGACAUGGGUUGUUAAAGACUUGUGCCCAAAGGUCUUUUUGUUCAUCUGGGGAGUGUUCUUUCUUGGGAUUUUGAUCUUCUUGUGCUUUAGGUCUAAAAUGGGCAGAAUUUAUGGGGUGCACUUAAUGGUGUUACUUUUUUUGGGGAUGUUUAUGAGCUCGUUCUGUCAAGAUGAUGAUUCUGAUAACUUCACGGCUGUGUAUAUUGUCACUCUUAGAGAAGUUCCUGCUGCUCAUUACGAAGCUGAGUUGAGAAUGAACAGUAAUGGUAUCAGACAUGGCGGCUCUUCUGAGAGGUUGAACAUUCACAAACACAGAUUUAGAAAUAUUUCAAGAACGGAUAAGAGGUAUAGCUCUUAUAUUGCUCGAGUUCAUGAUUCGCUAUUGAGGAGGGUGUUGAGAGGGGAGAAAUAUCUGAAGCUGUACAGCUACCAUUACUUGAUUAACGGAUUUGCUGUGCUUGUUACCCCAGAUCAGGUUGAUAAGCUUUCCAGGAGGAGAGAAGUAGCAAAUGUGGUUUUGGACUUUUCUGUUAGAACUGCAACCACCCAUACUCCUCAGUUUUUGGGUUUGCCACAAGGAGCGUGGGUCCAAGGAGGUGGAUAUGAAUCAGCUGGAGAAGGGAUGGUCAUUGGGUUUAUUGAUACUGGCAUUGAUCCAACUCACAGUAGUUUUGCUGACAAUACAUCUGAACAUCCAUAUCCAGUUCCAGCACAUUUUUCUGGCAUCUGUGAGGUUACCCGGGAUUUCCCAUCUGGUUCAUGCAAUAGGAAGCUUAUUGGAGCCCGCCAUUUUGCAGCAUCUGCUAUAACCAGAGGUGUUUUCAAUUCAUCACAGGACUUUGCUUCUCCAUUUGAUGGUGAUGGCCAUGGCACGCACACUGCUUCCAUUGCUGCAGGAAACCAUGGAAUUCCAGUGGUUGUUGCUGGGCAUCAUUUUGGAAAUGCAAGUGGGAUGGCUCCUCGUUCACACAUCGCUGUUUACAAGGCACUGUACAAAGGCUUUGGAGGCUUUGCUGCUGAUGUUGUUGCUGCCAUAGACCAGGCUGCUCAGGAUGGGGUUGACAUAAUAAGCUUAUCAAUCACUCCCAACAGGCGUCCUCCCGGCGUUGCAACAUUUUUCAAUCCCAUAGACAUGGCAUUACUAUCAGCUGUAAAGGCUGGUAUAUUUGUUGUCCAAGCAGCGGGCAAUACCGGACCAUCACCAAAGAGCAUGUCUUCCUUCAGUCCAUGGAUAUUCACUGUUGGCUCUGCCUCCCAUGACAGAGUCUACAGCAACUCCAUAAUCCUUGGCAACAAUGUCACCAUUCCAGGAGUUGGACUUGCACCGGGAACAGAGAAUGAUACAAUGUACACGCUGAUUUCUGCCGUACAUGCUUUGAACAACGGCACAACAGUGGCAGAUGAUAUGUAUGUGGGUGAAUGCCAAGACUCAAGCAAGUUCAAUCAGGAUUUGAUCCAGGGGAACCUCUUGAUCUGUAGCUACUCAAUCCGGUUUGUGCUUGGGAUCUCCACAGUCAAUCACGCCCUGGAAACAGCCAAAAACCUAAGUGCAGUUGGUGUCGUCUUCUACAUGGAUGCUUUUGUAAUUGGUUUUCAGCUUAACCCAACUCCAAUGAAAAUACCUGGCAUCAUAAUCCCAUCCCCAGAGGAUUCCAAGGUUUUACUCAAAUACUACAAUUAUUCCUUGGAGAGAGAUAUCAUGACAAAGAGAAUUGUCAAAUUUGGGGCACUUGCAACCAUUUGUGGAGGUUUCAAAGCAAACUACAGUAGUUCUGCACCAAAGAUCAUGUAUUACUCUGCUCGAGGACCAGAUCCGGAAGACAAUUUUCUUGAUGAUGCAGAAAUAAUGAAACCCAAUUUGGUAGCUCCUGGAAAUUCUAUAUGGGCUGCUUGGAGUUCGGUUGGCGCAGACUCAGUUGAAUUUCAAGGUGAGAACUUUGCAAUGAUGUCUGGGACAAGCAUGGCUGCUCCUCAUAUUGCUGGGCUUGCUGCACUGGUUAGGCAGAAGUUCCCCAAUUUCAGUCCUUCAGCCAUUGCAUCUGCACUUUCCACAACAGCUUCUCUAUAUGACAAGAAUGGUGGGCCCAUAAUGGCUCAACGUGCUUAUGCGUUUCCAGAUCAAAACCAAUCUCCAGCAACACCCUUUGACAUGGGCAGUGGUUUUGUGAAUGCUACAGCGGCACUGAAUCCGGGAUUGAUUUUUUAUUCCAGUUAUGACAAUUAUAUGUCAUUUCUUUGUGGCAUCAAUGGAUCAGCUCCUGUGGUUUUGAAUUACACUGGUGAGAGCUGUUGGGUUUAUAAUUCUACCAUUGCCGGUGCUGACCUGAACUUGCCAUCAAUAACAAUAGCAAAACUGAACCAGUCUAGAACGGUGCUCAGAUCAGUGACGAACGUUGGUGGAAAUGAAACUUAUAGUGUUGGCUGGAGUGCUCCUUUUGGAGUUUCAGUAAAGGUGUCUCCAGCUCAUUUUUACAUUGCCAGUGGGGAGAAACAGGUCUUAAGUGUAUUCUUCAAUUCUACGGCAAACAGCACCACUGCUAGCUAUGGAAGGAUUGGACUAUUUGGAAAUCAAGGUCAUGUUGUCAACAUUCCUUUGUCAGUCAUUGUCAAAAUCACAUAUAAUACUACUAAAACCUAAAACUUGAGGCUGGUUUGCUUUAUUUAUCUUAGGUUGGUUUUCGUUUUUUGCUUGCAAGAUGUGAUUAACCAAUUUUUUCAUUCAUUGUAUUGUAAAUGUUUGGUCAUGUUAAGUCCUGUAGCAUCUUUUGUGUAGAUACAGUGGUAAUUUUAC